GGCGCUGCGUUGGUUCCGUCCGGCCAGGUCACGUGGGCGCCAAGAUGGCGGCUCCCAGAGCGCGCCGCGAGCGUCGCGGUCGGUGAAGCGGCAGCGGCGGCGGCGGCGGGAGCACGGUUCUCGUGCCCGGGCAGGCCCACGGCAGGCGGAGCGGGGCGGGCGCCAUGGUGACCGAGCAGGAGGUGGAAGCCAUCGGGCGCUCGCUGGUGGACCCGCAGCAGCCCCUACAGGCCCGCUUCCGGGCGCUCUUCACGCUGCGUGGCCUCGGCGGCCCCGCGGCCAUCACCUGGAUCAGCCGGGCCUUCAAUGAUGACUCCGCGCUGCUCAAACACGAGCUGGCCUACUGCCUGGGCCAGCUGCAGGACCCGCGGGCCGUGCCCGUGCUGGUGGACGUGCUGCGGGACACCCGCCAGGAGCCCCUGGGGCGCCCCGGGGCAGGGGAGGCCCUGGGGGCCAUCGGGAGCCCCGAAGUGCUGGAGGUCCUGAAGGAGUUCGAGGCGGACCCUGUCGUCGAGGUGGCGGAGACGUGCCAGCUGGCCGUGCGGCGGCUGGAGUGGCUGCAGCAGCGUGGUGGUGCGCCGGCGCCCAAGGGGCCCUACCUCUCCGUGGACCCGGCGCCCCCGGCCGAGGAGCGCAACGUGGGGCGUCUGCGGGCGGCGCUGCUGGACGAGGCGCGGCCGCUCUUCGACCGCUACCGGGCCAUGUUCGCCCUGCGCGACACCGGCGGCGAGGAGGCCGCCCUGGCGCUGGCCGAGGGCCUGCGCUGCGGUAGCGCCCUGUUCCGCCACGAGGUCGGCUACGUGCUGGGCCAGCUGCAGCACGAGGCGGCGGUGCCCGCGCUGGCGGCCGCCCUGGCGCGGCGCGCCGAGAGCCCGAUGGUGCGGCACGAGUGCGCCGAGGCGCUGGGGGCCAUCGCCAGGCCCGCCUGCCUGGCCGCGCUGCGCGCGCACGCCGGCGACCCCGAGCGCGUGGUGCGCGAGAGCUGCGCGGUGGCUCUGGACCUGUACGCGCACGAGAGCGGCGCGGCCUUCCAGUACGCGGACGGCCUGGAGCGCCUGCGCGCGCCGCCCCCCGACCCCGACCCCGGCCCCGACCCCCGCGUCUAGACCGCCUGCCCCCGGGGGGCGUCCGCUGGCCCAGACCCGGCUGCUUUGGCUUGUUGAGUGCCCAGCGAUCGCAAGCUCCCGGGGCCAGGCUGAGGUCUCUGCGGUGCUCCCGGGGGGCGGGGUGUCGGCUGGGUGGGCAUCUGGGGGGCGGGGCUGGGCUCCGAGGUGGGGGUUCCGCGGCCCAGUCCCUCUAGGAAUGAGAGGCGUUGCUGAAACCCGUCCCCCCGCCUCCCCCGGGCCUGCGGAGGGGCUGUGGGCGUCCGGGGACUGCUCCGGCGGGGAGGGCCAGGCAGACCCCAGGACACUUGCCCGGAUGGACCAUUAAAUUAUUUCUGCCAAGCGUGA